GUCCGCGCGGUCUCGCGUUUGAGCCCCCGGGCGAACCAGUGCUGCAUUGAGCAUCUGCCGCAGUGCUUCUGCCACGACUGGGCCGCUGCAGCGAUCCCUACGCCGUCGCCGCGCCCACAGGGACCGAUCCAGCAUGGCGCCCAUCACGGCCGCCGACCAGGCCUUCCUCCAGCUCCUCACGCAGCGCAAAGUGCUGGAAGAAAGCGAAGCUUUGGAAGCGAUGGACGCCGUCGGGUCCAAACUGGGGGGCUUCGGCGCCUUCGACGCCGGCGGCUCGGGCGACGCGCGCGCCGACCUGCGGGCGACGCUCGCGAAUUUGAAUAGGAAGCUGGCCUCAGCUGAUCUGCAGAUCCGCGGCUACUACGCUGAUAGUAGUGAGGAGGACGACGGGCCGCCGAAGAUCCACAUCGCUUUGAUCAACCUCGCGAGCGACGACGUCGCCAAGCUCACGGGCGCGUCCCAAAAAGAGGAGGAAAUCACGUGCUUGAAAUCAAUCCUCAAGGCGCUCGCUUCUAGUGAAGGCGCGGAGCUCGCCGAGCUGCGCAAGGGCGCGCGGGGCAAGCUCUCGGCGGCGGCCUUCGACGCCUUCGUGGCGGAUCUGGUGAAUGGCCGCUGGUUGGAAGUGGGCGACGAGGGCGAGGUGGCCUACGGGCCGCGCGCGAUAUUGGAACUGGCGGACGUGCUCCGCGGCCACGGGGCGGAGGUGCCGCAGAUGGUGAAUUACUGACUGCUGCCCGGGGCGGGGACUGUGUGUAAGAAACUACA